AUGCAAACAAUCCGAUUGAUGACAGACCACGCCCCGGAUUAUAGCUAUGACGUUGAGGGGUUGUGGCGCGUGCGGCGUGUUCGGGUCCGGGUCAACUGGAACGCCGGGCGUCUAAAUUCGCGUGUGCGGCGGCUUUUCGAGUCGUUCCAGCCACUUGCGAUCACAACAGAGUCCCUCCUGAGCAAUGACCAUUUGAAUCCCACCCCUCCUUUCCAGACAAGGGGCAACGGCAGAUAUCAAUGCCCAUGUGUCUCUACUGAUUUUUACCCCCUCCCCAAUUACGCCCAACAAAGUCUUUUUUGCUCGGAAUAG